AUGUUCUCCACGGGCCUCUUCUCCUCGUCGUCCUCCUCAUUCCACACCGGCGGCCACCACGGCACAUCUGCCGCCUCCCCCUCCCCCGUGGCAGCAGGCAAGAAGGCCCAGCCCCCGCAGUUCGCCUCCUUCCUCCUCCCCAGCAUCCCCGUGCCCCUCCGUCGCCGCCGCGGGUCCUCAGCAGCAGCAGCAGCAGCAGCGCUGCGGACCUCGUCCGUCUCCUCGUCGUCUGCGGCGUCCCCCCCACCCCUGUGCACCUCGCCGUCGACCACCUCCGACGCCGACCCGUACUCCCAGCCCGGCACCCCGACAGACACUACUGCUGCCUUCACGCCGCAGACGACGACCACCUCCGACGCCGACCCGUACUCCCAGCCCGGCACCCCGACAGACACUACUGCUGCCUUCUCCUCGCUGCCCCUCUCGUCCCAGCCAGGCGGCCUGUCCCGCCUGCGGCCCGACACCCUCCGCUGCCGGCGGUGCUCCGCCGACGUCGCCCUCGCCUCGCAGAUCGUGUCCAAGGGCUUCACCGGCCGCCACGGGCGCGCCUACCUCGUCGGUCCCUGCUCCCCUUCCUCCACGCCACCGUCCUCUCCGGGUCCGGCGUGGGGGAGAAGGAACAAACACGACCAAGGAGGAGGGGGGGAGGAGGAGGGCCUCGCCAACAUCACCGUCGGCGCCCGCGAGAACAGGCAGCUCGUGACGGGCAUGCACGUCGUCGCCGACAUCGGCUGCGCCGUGUGCCGCGGCAACCUCGGCUGGAAGUACGUCGACGCCGCCGAGGCGGCCCAGCGCUACAAGAUCGGCAAGUACAUCCUCGAGACGGCGCGCGUCGUCGAGUUCCGCAGCUGGGAGGACGGUGAUGUCGACGGUGGCGGCGAUCGGCGCGAGAGCGAGGACGAGCGGCAGCGGCAGCGGGUGGUACUUGGGGAAAGGGAUGGCAAGGCGAGAGCUGGUGGGUCGUCGAGGCGGGCGUCGAAGGAGGACGAGUGGGUUUCCGAGGAGGAUGAUGACGACGACGAUGCGAAUGAGCCCGUCGUGUUUGACUCGGAUGACGAGGAGGAGUGCGAGGACAUCUUUGCUGGCGUGUGGGAUGCCAGCGUCGUGGCCAAGCGGCGGAGCAGCAGGGUCAGCUCCGGCAGGCGUUGA